GCCCACCGUGAUGGAGUGAUUUCAGAGAGUUUGGGAAUAAUUAAAAAUGGCCCAUUCUUAUGCGAAUUGGUAAUUCGUCGCUGCCCCAUUCUUUUCGCUCCUUCCGAUCCACUUCAAACAAUCCGCUUCUUCUUCUUCUUCUUCUUCAUCUUCUUCAUCUAGGGCUUCUUCUUCACAUCGAUAAUUCAAUUCUCAAAGCGCAUCUCGAAUUCUUGACAAUGGCGAAGAAGAGGGAGACGUCCCAGAGGAAGAAGGGCAAAAGACAACCACCACUGAUUGAUAAUAUACCCAAGUACUCUCAACAGCGCCGAAGCUCACCGCCUAAACGCCGCACUGAUUUCUCCUCUCUCUUUUGCUAUUCUUCUUCUAUUGCCCACCAAGGCACAACUGUCUUGCCACAAUUCUCCUUGAAUCACUCAGAUAAUACAAAUGAAGAACUCUCUUCGAGCUCUUUGGUCAAAUGCAGCAACUCCUCUGGGGAAGAUGAUGAACUUAGCCAAUGCUCAAGUCCUGAUGAUAUCCAAUCAGUUGAAUGCCGCCUCAGUGAAAGUUCAUGCAAGGCGUUAAGCAAGAGAAAAGGUACUUCUAAGAUAUCAUACCCUGUUCGUAAAAAAUUACCAGAUUCAGAAAGCAACAGUCUUUCUGAAACUCCAGAGAAUGUACAGUUGUGGUCUACGGAAAGUUUUGAGGAGAGGAGUUCAAACACAACGGCAGAGUUUCAAGAUCAAUCAUGUGCAGAUAAAGGGUCUUCAUCAAACUCUAGCAGAAUUGAAGAUAAUGACCUACACGUCGACAGACGACGAGGAAAAAGGGAAAGAAAGCCAAAAGUUCCCUUCGAUGAAGAGACCACCAUUUCUGUUAAAGCAACAAGAAAAUUUCGUCGAAUGAGGAUAAUGCGGUACCUUGGGCUUGCGGCUCCAGUUGGCUCUCCUUUUUCACCAAUUGCCUGAGCCAUCAUCAUCCAAUCCGGCUUCCUAGUAAAGUUUUCAUUCUGCAGUGUUUAGUAGUUAAUCUGUCAACUCAUUUUGCGUCAGUGAAAAGUUCCUAAUUUUGUUCUCAUAUUUAUAAUCCCAGCAUAUAUUUUGCUUCAUCAUUUGUAAAUAGGCUGAGGUUUUGAUGACAUUAAUUAGAUCCUCCUUUAUUAUUAUCCACCUUUAAUUCCCUUGUCCCAAUACUACAAGGCAUGUUCCUUGAACUUUAAUUUAAAUCAGAGUGCGUAAUUUGAAAUUUUGAUGGUCUAGAAUUUGUGGAUGGACACCUCUCUCUAGCCGGGGGCUCAUUUGAAGAUGGGGACAACAUCCAGGUAUUGCGUAUCAGUUUGAUAAAUUAUGAGUACCUUAAAGAAAUCUUUGCACACUUAUUGUCUAUGUUUGGUUCACCACUUGGAAAUAAUCAUUUUGUUACC